CUGUCAAUACAAUAAAUCAAAACUUGUCACUACUGUCAUGUUGGUUUAAUUUCGUUUCUUAUAAUUUUAAUAAUGAACACCUCUAAGGAAUUCAAGUAAUAUUAAUCAAUAUUACAUGAUGGUUUCUGCAAAAUGAAUACUAAUGAGUCUAAAAAGAAGAAGGCUAAAAAAGGUCAAACUAAAUCUUUACCAAGGAACAUUUCUCAGGCAUCAGGUUCCAGACCAACCGGCGAUAGUAAUGUCAAUGAUAUAGAGGAACAAUGUUGCCCCUUGAUAGCCAAAGACUCCGAAUGGGUAGACAUUUUACAGACACCACAUAGAGCCAUGUCCUCUGAAUCCACCGUAGAGGUAGAAUCGGAAGAUGGUCGGGAAAUGAAACCAUUAGCAAUCAUGUUUCCAGGACUGCUCGCGAAAGACCCCCAAACUUUGCAAAGCAUGCUGACCAAGGCCAUGUCGACCACGGAAGUCACCAAGCAUUUAGUUGAUCUCGGACAGAAAGCUAACUUCAAAUACAUGAAAAAAUCUAGCAGGCUCAUUCCGCCUGAUAAGGAAUGGUUGGAGAGCGUUUCCGAGGUAAACACCGAUUCCCAUUCUUCAAUGGGCCCCAGCGUGAGCGGUAAGUUUUACGUUUGAAAGCACUUUA